AUGAACGCCUUAGGACUGGGUUCUGCCGAAACUGCUCAAAAUUAUUAUAAUCGUUUUCAAACUAAAUUAAAAACUACUGACAUUAGUCAAGAGGAGUUAGAGAUACCGGAAGAAUUUAUUUAUCAAGAUGACACUGGUCAAGAACAAAUAAUUCCGGCUCAUACUUCUCUCACUUUGGAGCAAGUAAAAAUCAUAGUUGAAAAAUCCAAGGAAAAAUUAUUAAAAAAACUUCGCUAUGGUAAAGUAUUAAUUAUGACCGAUGCCGAUGAGGAUGAAAUUUAUAAGCAAGAAAAUAAAAAAGUUGCUGGUGGUAACUUGCAACGGUUUAAAGGAUUAGGAGAAAUGAAUCCGAAACAAUUACGGGAAGUUACUAUGGGAGCGGAAACGCGCCUUCUGCCCCAUAAAUUAAAUUACUCUAAUUUUUCCUCACUGCUUAAUACAGUUCAAGAUUUAAUGGGUCCAAAAAGUGAACCCCGCAAAAAACUUUUAGAUAGUGGUGAAUAUGAGGACGUGCAACUAGAAGUAAUUGAUGGCAAAGUAGAUAUAGAACAGGCCUUACGAGUAAAGUUUUCUUCUUAUGCUUAUGAAGUAGUAAGAAACCGUGCCUUAACUCAAUUACAAGAUGGUUUAAAGCCAGUUCAGCGUUAUAUCCUCUACACUCUUUAUGAAUUAGGAUUUUUACCCAAUAAACCUCAUCGAAAGUCAGCGAGAGUGGUCGGGGAUGUAAUCGGUAAAUAUCACCCGCAUGGUGACCAGAGUGCUUACCAAGCGAUGGUAAAAAUGGCUCAAGAUUUCAAUUAUCGCUAUCCGCUAAUUGACGGACAAGACAAUCAUGACAACAGCGAAAAAGAACCAGAGGUUUUACCCCCGCACCUUAAUUUAUUGCUCAAUGGUUCCAGUGGUAUUGCCGUUGGAAUGAGUGCCGAUAUUCCUCCUCAUAAUUUAGGAGAAGUAGUAGACCUAACCAUUGCCCUGGUUAAUAAUCCUCAACUUGAUACCGAAAAAUUAUUAAGUUAUUUUGGCCCAGAUUUUCCGACGGGCGGACAAGUAUUAGAGCAGGAAAAAUUACUGGAAAUUUACGAGAAAGGCGAAGUUUCUAAAGGCAAAGGAACUAUUUACAUUCGGGCCAAAGCCGAGAUAAUUUCUAGUAAACAAGAGAAAGAAAAAAAAGAUUUAAUUAGGAUUACCGAAUUACCUUUCAAAAUUAAUAAAUCGAAACUAGUAGUUAAUAUUAGUCAAAUAAUUAAAGAUAAAAAGAUUCUGGGCUUGAAGAGUGUUGCCGACUAUUCUAAUUAUGAAGAACCAGUAAAUAUUCAUUGCUAUUUUGACCCUAAUUAUGAUGGAGAAGUUAUUCUUAAUCAAUUAUAUAAAAAAACCAGACUGCAAAGCACCUUCUCUUUUAAAAUGCGGUCUUUGAUUGGCUACCAACCCAAGGUAUUUUCUUUAAAAGAAAUUAUCCAAGGGUUUAUUGAUAGAAAGUUGGAAAAUAUUCAAAAAAAAGCCCAAUUUAUUUAUUACAAAGCCCAAAAAGAAUUGAUUAAUAAAAAAACCCGCCAUUUUAUUAUUAAAAAUUAUCAAGGAAUUGCCCAAAUAAUUCAUAGCAAUGCUUCCGAAGAAGAAAGCAAAAAACAAUUGAUAAAUAAAUUCCGAGAAGAAAUAACAGAAUUAAAAGAUACAACAGUAGAUUUAUUUUUAAUGGAUCUUAUUAUCAAAUCCGAAAAGACAAUUGGUGAAAUUAAAGUUCAAAGCCAGCAAAAGAAUGAAGUAACAAAAAAAGAAAAAUGCCGGGAAUUAGUUGAAAUUGAAAAAAGUGAUGAUAUACCUAACUUGCUGGAAGAUGAUUACCUUAACCCGGAACAAAAAGUUAUUAAUCGCAUUUUAGAUACGCCCGCUAGUUUUCGUCAAUUUACUCCGGAGAAGCAAAAAGAAUUACAAAGCGAGAUUGAGGUCUUAAAAGCCAAUAUUAUUCAACAACAGUUAUUAAUUGUUCAACAAGAACAAAGAAAACAACAACUAAUUAGUGAAUUGGUUGAAUUGAAAAAAGAGUAUUCCCAUGACCAAAGGAGAACUAUCAUUACUUCUCAACCCCAUUCUAUUGCUGAAAGACAGUUAAUUCCCCACGAAGAAAGAAUCGUUUUACUGAGUCGUUCGGAAAACAAAAAAGAAAACAAAAUUAAUAAUUAUUUAACAGUUCAUAGUCUUUCGGCAGUGGAACCAACUAAUAUUCCUAGUCAAGAUGAGGAGUAUUUCACGAAAAUCAGAAAAGGAGAAUUAAAACCCACUCUAAAAUCCUCAGAAUUCUUCACCGCGGCUUUACCAGUCAAGGAGGAAUUUACCGAGAAAUCUCUCUUAAUCAUUACCCAAAAAGGAAAAAUUAAACUCAUUCCAACCGAAAAACUACAAAAUAUCAGCAAAUCAGGCAAGAAAUUAAUCAAUCUUUACCAAAAAACUAUUGAAAAAUGUUCGCUUCAUCAGAGUCAAUUGACGGAACAUAAAUCUAUUACUCAUGUUUGCGGUAUUGGUUGCCAACAAUUAAGAGAAAUUCAAAAACAAAUUAAAGACUGUGUAGAAAUUAUUCUGAAACGAAAAGCCAAGGGUGGUCAAGUAAAAAAUUUAAAAGUCCCACUUUAUCGCCAAAUGAGAAGAAAGGACAAAGAAGGAAACUCCCUUUAUUGUCCGGUUCAUCAGAACCAGUUAAAGAAACACAAAACUGCUAAUUGUUGUGAUAAAAGCCAAGGAGUUAAAGCUUAUUCUCGUUGCUUGAAAUUUAGAAAAUUAACUACUGAAAUUAAAGAUUGCCAAGACUGCCAAAACCCUCAAUUAUUUGCUAAGCAAACCCGUAAGCAAGUAAAAUGCGAACAAGUAGUAGACCUAUUAAUUAUUAAAGCCGGAGAAAAUAAGGAAAAUCUGCUCCUAUUUUUAAUUAAAAAAGAUAAUGUGGAAAAACUGGAAAAAGUCCAAGAGAAAAUCGAAACCGAAUUGCGGAAGGAAAAAGAAAUCGCCGAAGAACGAGUGCUAAAAUCUACUCUGCCCCUGGAAAUUAAAGAAAAAAUAUUGAAAGAUAGCAAAAUAAUCACCGGAGUAAAUACUAAAGAAAUGGAGAAAAAAAUUGCUAAUUCUCCAGUUGACCUAACCAUUGGUGAAGUAGCUAUUGCCACGCAAACCCAAGAUUUAAAACAAAAAGGAGCCAUUUACCAAAAAAAACUUAAUGAAUAUAAAAAUCAGCACGAGAAAAUAAGUGAUUUCAAAGAAAAAAAUAAAAAAUGUUCUGAUUGUCAAAAAUAUUGUGGUAACCAUGAGAAAAAAACUCAGGAGGAAAUGAUUAAGCACGAAACUUGUCAUCAUUGCCACAAGUACGAUAAACAAAUUCAGUCAGCCAAAGAGAAGGUCGAAGAAAUAAAAGAAAAAUUAGAAGAAUUAAAGAAAACUAAGCCUGGGGCGGUCAAAGAAAUCCAAAAGUUAACUAAUGAUUUGGAAAAGAAAAAAGAACAAAGUACUAAAUUACGUCACGAAGUGCUUGGCAAUCGAACCAAAUGUCCGACUUUGAAUAAAUUGAAACUGGAAAGAAAAGACUGUAAAAAGUGUCAAGACCAAGACAAAAAGAAACAUAAAGCCUUGUUCGAAAAUCCUCUGCAGCAUUUAUAUAUGUUUAGUUUUAAAAGUAUAGCAGAAUUAUUAGCAGUCUUUCCUAAAGAACAGACUAUUAUUAAGUAUUUAGAAAAGCAUAGUGUGAAAACUGGAACUGCUUUUGCUAAUACUAAACUGAAAUUAAGGGAUUGGUUUAUAGCCUCAUAUCUUUUUACUUCUCAUAAAAAAGGUAUCUCCUCUUGUCAGUUAGCAAAAGACCUCAAUAUCACACAAAAAUCAGCCUACUAUUUAUUAGAUGAUUUACGAAGCAACCUUAAACAAUCUAACUUUAUUAAUGAAAUGUUGAAAGGCAUUAUUGAAAUAGAUGAAACUUAUGUAGGAGGUUCAAAUCCUAAUCGACAUUGA